UUGAACUGCACAACAAAGUACUGUACCGAAGACGCCAAGAUGGCGGCAAUGUCACUUAUCAGCUUGUCUUACCUGAAGGGCUCCGUGAGACAGUUUUCCACAGUCUCCAUAAUGAUAUGGGCCAUUUAGGCAUUGAGCGUACCCUUGAUCUUGCCCGAACAAGGUUUUAUUGGCCUCGUAUGGCAGCUGACAUUGAGAACAGGAUCAAAACAUGCAACCGCUGUGUACGGAGAAAGACCCCUCCAGAAAAAGCUGCAGAGCUUGUGAACAUAAAGUCCGCCAGACCACUCGAACUGGUUUGUAUGGAUUUCUUAUCCAUUGAGCCUGAUCAAAGCAACACCAAGGAUGUGCUUGUGCUAACAGAUCAUUUUACCAAGUACGCAAUAGCCAUUCCUACUCCUAACCAAAAAGCCCAGACCGUGGCAAAAUGCCUUUGGGAUCACUUCAUAGUUCAUUAUGGCAUCCCUGAACGUUUACAUAGUGACCAAGGGCCAGAUUUUGAGUCACACAUAAUAAGGGAACUUUGUAAGAUCAUGGGCAUUCACAAGAUUCGAACAACCCCUUAUCACCCCAGGGGAAAUCCUGUAGAACGCUUUAACCGCACAUUGUUAAGUAUGCUUGGGACUUUGGAACAGAAAGACAAAACGCAGUGGCGCAACUUUGUAAAGCCAUUGGUCCAUGCGUACAAUUGUACGAAGAAUGACACAACCGGAUUUGCACCUUAUGAAUUGAUGUUUGGUCGCCGACCAAGGUUACCCGUUGACCUCGCGUUCAAACUACCUUUCCGGACCAAAAGUUUUAAGUCCCACUCGCAAUAUGUGGAGAAGCUGAAAACAACCCUUCAAGAAAGCUACAAACUAGCAACGGAGAAUGCUAACAAAAUGGCAGACAGGAAUAAAGCCAGAUUUGACAUGCGUGUAAAACCUUCCAAACUAGAACCAGGGGACCGAGUUUUGGUGCGAGCUGUUCGCCUUAGGGGCAAGCAUAAACUAGCCGAUAGGUGGGAGACAGACAUUUAUGUUGUGGUCAAACAAGCUGGUGAUCUACCAGUCUACACCAUCAAGCCUGAAACCAAAAAUGGGCCAGUGCGCACAGUCCAUCGUGACCUUCUCUUACCUUGCGGGUUCCUUGCUCCCACAGAAGAGAAUCCCACUCCACCAAAUCGCGUCUGCAAACCUAAAACACGACAGUCCCCUGAGCAAACUGAAGAAUGUGAUCUUUCUGAACCUGGAAAUGAGGAUGUCUACUGGCUUAGAGAACAACCUGUCCCAGAGCCAAUCAAAUUUAUGCAAGUCUAUGAGUUCCCACGACAGAUAUACCCUGACAACUUACCUGAAAGCGACAAUGUACCUGGAUGUGAAAACUUACCUGAAAAUGACAAUGUACCUGGAUGUGACAACUUACCUGAAUGUGACGAUAUACCUGGAUGUGAAAACUCACCUGGAAGUGACAAUACGCCUGGAUGUGAAAGUGUAUCAGAAUGCAAGAAUCUACCUGAUUGUGAUGACACUCCUGGCAGUGACCCAGUAGUCCCUACUGAAGAGGAGCUUGAAACAGUAGCAGAUACAGAACCUGUAGUCCAGGACAAUGAUCGUGAGAGUGAAACUAAUGUACCCAGUGAAAAGGGAUGUAACAAACAGGUAUCAGAGGAUACUCCAAUGCACCCAAGUCAUGACACUACAAAUCCUGUGAGACGCUCAGAAAGACCGUCAAAUCAACCAAACAGGCUCCAGUAUAACCAGUUAGGAAACCCACUCUUAACUAUUGCUCAGUCCCUAUUUCAUGGUUUAAGCCUUGCUUUUACCAGUGCCUUGACAGAGACUGACCUUGAAGCUACUUGGAAGGAAUCUAGUUUUCCUGUUAUUUCAAUGCAACCCACCCCAUGCAAAGAGACUUGCAUGUUCCAAGGGGGGAAUGUGUAACCCAGUGUUAAAAACACAUGCGAGAAUGAAUGAAUAUUGAUUUAAUAGCUUAUUCUACAAUGAGGUUAAAAAGUUAUAAGUUAAUAUUUAAAACCAAGUUCUUAAAUAAGUUUAUAAAUAUAUGUAAAAAGUGUUAAAAAUCUUUACAAAUUGUGCCAUACACCUUUAAUAGUAGUUUUAGUGAUGGCUUGACCAAUCAAUAGCUGGCAUGGUCUGAUAUCACAUCAGCCAAUGAGGUUGGUUGUCCCGCCCUCCCGCUGCGCGGUGCAGGGAGUCUGCUCGGAUUGCGUCAGACACAGACACAGCUCCAUGCUACUGUUGCUUCUGCGGUUAGCCUGAAGAAAAAACUUGGAAAAUAGCGAAUAAACUUGGAAACUGGUUAGAGAGAGACAUCCUAAAUAAUCGCUUUGCCAAUGAGGAGGUUUCGAAUGGUAAUGUCAUGCUUGCCAAACUUUGGAGACUUCUGAUGCGACCGGGUUGGAAGCUGGAAAUCUCCGUGUAGCCUCGUGUAGCAUCGGUCAGGUUUUUUGUUGGUGCACUAUUUGAUCCAUAGUGCUACUGUGAAGACUGGAUUGCAUUUCCAGAACUGGAUGGCGAGCCCCAGCCCAAGGAUCGGACAAACCGGUAGAUAGUGACCCGACUGGUCACUAUAACUGAGACAUUGCAUGAACAAUUGAUGGACACUGUGACAAAAGACUAAAAAGGAAAAAAGACUACAGACUGGAUUAUUUAUUUCUAAUUGUUUAUUUUCCUUGUGUUGUUUUUGCUUUGGGUUUAAAAAGGGAAAAGCGCGCAGUUUGUUAAUUGUAUAUAUAUAUAUAUGUGUUGGUUUAAUGACAUUUCAUUCAGUAAAUUCUACUCUUUCUAUAAACUGUGCAUCUUCCUCUGUUGUUGCUCACACCUAGGCUCCCCCACGAAUCCAGAGUCUUCUGAUUAGGCCAACAUCCCUUUAUGUGUGUGGUAUUGGUAUUAGUUAUUGAAGUAAUUUACUCUACCAUAUUUCACAUCUGUCAAGGGUACUUGAAGGUAACCUCUUGUGGGUUACACACGUGUUAUACACGUGUUACAC